AUGGUGAACAUGAAGCGGCCUGCCAGCAUCUCCUCGACCAUGUCCAAGCGAUCCAAGAGCUGCCUGGCUUUGGAAGACGGCGAGGUCAGCGAGGCCACAGCCCCAUCUCCGCCAGCAGCCAGCGAGAGUGCCGCCGCAGUUCCGCCGGCCAGCGAGCUUGCCACCACAGCUCCGCCGACGCCGCAGUCGGAACCGAAGCCGAUGUCGCUGGAUGCGAAGCUGGAAGUGUUGAGGGAAUCCGGCCUCGACCCGGAGAGCAAAGUACAGCUGUUGCGAGACAGUCUGACUCCGAGCGACUGGAACAAGGCCAACAGCCGGUUCAGCACGGCAGCAAAAAGAACGACAGAGCUCGCCACCGCCGCCGAGAGUGCCAACAAAAACCAAGGACGUCUCGGCCACAGGCAGAUCGUCGCAGGUUGGCUCCUGGACCCCACGGUCUCCAGUGUCUUCACCAGCCUCACCCACAGGGUGACCGGUGGCCAGAGGAUCACCAAGAAAGACAACUGGGUGUCUUGGAAAAAAAUUUCCGAGACCUGGACUGAAGAAGAGAUCGAAAUGCAUCUCGCCACGGGACGCAUCGUGACCCGGGAGUGCCCAGACACUGCUGGGGUGUGGGAAUACAAAGAUACCAAUGAGGUGACCAUGGAGAAGACCUUGGAUCGGGCCAAGGUCUUUGAUCAAAGCUCCAAGCGAGACCUCAACCCUGAGGAGAAGGAGAAGAAUGAGCAGGAAUGGUCGCAGAUCUGGGGUGCCUUCGGUUCCUCGGCCAGCUUCUCGGAUGUGUCCGUGUUCAACUCUGCCAUGGGGAUGCAGGUGCAGCCCAAGGGCAAAGGCUUUGCCAAAGGCAAAGGUAAGGGAUCUAAGG